GUUUAGCCGGUAAGCGAAGGAAAGAGACCCACAUUGCUCCAAAGUUUUGGCGAGAAAAGCUCUCUCAUCUUCCAUCUCUCCUGAUCUGAUCUGGCAACAAGUUUUUCCUGAAGAGGGAAUCCGCGCGCACAAGGCUCUAUCAUAAAACACUCCACGCGGCGAGAGCUGCAUCCAUUCUCUUCUCCAGAUGGCGUGUCGAAGGAUCCUACGGCAAAUUGUCCAGAUCACGGCGCAGCGGAGAAAACGCUGCACGGCGGCGGCAGCCACAACGGCGGGAUGCCCUUUCCACCGGCCGGUAAAAGCCGCUCCGGAGGCCCCGCUGACGAAGUCCGAUGUCGAUUCAUUGAAGCCUUUUGAUGCUAUACCUACCCCGAAAGGACUUCCCUUGGUAGGGACCUUGUUCGAUCUUAUUCGUAAAGGCGGGUCUCAGAAAAUUCACGAAUAUUGUGACAUGAGGCAUCGUGAACUCGGACCCAUUUUCAGGGAGAAACUCGGGACUGUCGACGCUGUUGUCCUGUCUGACAAAGAUUACAUCCAAAGAGUUUACUAUUCAGAAGGUCGAUAUCCUGUUCAUAUGGUCCCUGAAGCUUGGCUCAUAUACAACGAGUUAAAAGGAAUCAAGAGAGGCCUAUUUUUCAUGGACGGCGAGCAGUGGCGAGACAGGAGAAAGCUCCUCAACGAGGCCCUCUUGUCGAUGGGCGAGGUCACUAAAUACGAACAGGCUUUCAAUGACGUAGUGACAGAUCUCACUGACCGCUGGCAGACUGUCUCCCGCAGAGAAGAGGAUGGCGUCGUUCCGAACCUCGAGAACGAGCUCUACAACUGGUCCAUUGAAACUCUGGGAACCAUGGUUUUCGGACGUCGUUUGGGAUGUGUUUUACCACCUCAAUACAAGAAUCAGAUGCAUGAAUUUGUAUACUAUGUACAACAAAUAUUCACAGAGUCUGCCAAGUUGUCCGUCAUCCCGCCGAAACUAGCAUCUGCUUUGAAGUUGCCUGUUUGGAGACGAUUCGUAAAUGCUGCGGAUCAUGCCCUGCGAAUGGCACGAGAAUAUACCGAAGAAAGAAUCAGUGAGAUAAAAAAUUUGCAAGCUGCAGGCGAAGAAGUACCUGGAGUCCUUAGUCAGCUUCUUCAGUGUAAAGAUGUAAGCCGAGACGAAACGGUCAACAUCGUCGCCGAUCUUAUAUUAGCUGCGGCAGAUACGACAUCUCACGCGACGCAGUGGGCUCUGUACUCCCUUGCCAAAAACCCCGAGUGCCAAGAGAGAUUUUUUUCACAAAUUAAAGCCGUCGUUCCUGAUGGACAAAUUAUUACCAUGAAUCACUUAGAAAAGAUCCCUUAUGCUAUGUGGAUCAUAAAAGAAACUUUAAGGUUAUAUCCAAUUGCUUCGUUUCUAACACGAGUUUUGCCAGAGAAAAUUGUGUUAGGAGAUUACGAGAUUCCUGCAGGGAAAUUAUUCGUAAUGUCGCAGUACACUAUAGGAAGAAAUCCUGAAGAGUUUGAAAAUCCUGACAGCUUCAAGCCUGAAAGGUGGGACAGGUCUUCGAAGGAUCGUCGGCCAAUGUCAAACGGUUGCAUGCCUUUCGGAAUUGGGGCAAGAUCUUGCAUUGGGAGAAGAGUGGCCGAACUCAAGAUGCGUCUACUCUUAGCUAGGGCCAUUCAGAGAUUUCAUUUGGAGUCGGCCAACGAGCGUGAUGUAGGUAUCUCGAUGAGGCUGAUCACGGCUCCUGAUGAGCCCAUCCGACUUCGCUUCAAGCAAAGAUCCAGUUGAAGUUUAGUGGAACAUAAGAAAUUUUCAAACUUCUUAUCUAAUCUAAUAAUCAUUACUUGGAAGAAAUGAAAGCUUUAACAAACAAGCUGCUUUUUGAAUAUCUGCAGAAGGAAUAUUUAACAGUUCAUUCCGGUUUUCUCUUAAACAACAGUUCAUUCCGGUUUUCUCUGAAACAGCAAUUCAUUCAGCUUUUUUCUAGUCGGAUGGCAACCCAAGCGAAUGAUUGCUACAUGCAUCUUUCCUCAUUUAGUUCUUCAUAUCGCCAUUGGUAGGCUUUGACCUUCAGGCUGGAGCAAAGUAACUAAUUUUGAUGGACAAAACCAGAGGUACUUCCGCAACUGGUUGCGGCGUUCUUCAUUUAUAUAUUUAAACAGAGAAAGUCAUUGACUUGGAUUUCCCUACAAACUAUCAAAUGACUGAAACAGCUUAACAAAAUUUCUCAAGUCUGAGAAAAGUGGUUUUAGCUUGCCUUCUCUCAACGCUGACAAAGGGAAAGUACGUAAUGACUUUUAGUCUCAAUAACUGUUAUUCUCAACAUAGUGAUUAUAUGUGUCUCAGCGCAAGUCGCAGAGAUAAUGAAGUCAGCUACGUUAUAGAAUGCUUAAUGAAUUUAAAAUUAUAUAUAAAAAUAUUGAAAUUUCUGUUGAGAAAAUUUUUGCAAUAUGUGUUUGAAUGUCGAUGAACUGAGUAUUUGUCAAUAUUUAUACUUUUAAAGGCUUGUAUUGUAUUUUUAUUAAGUGUGUAUGCGCAUGAUUGUAAGGGUUAAGCAGUUAUGUAUAAACAUAUUAAAUUAAAAAGUGCGUAUAACUAUAUGGGUUUAGAUUAAAUUAAAUCUCGAUUUAUUAAAUACGAGAAAAUUUAAGUUUAAAUAUCACUUAAGUAUGUAAAAAGUCUGAACUCGUAUUACAUUGGCGUUUUUGAAAAAUAUGCAUACAUUGAUGGUUUGAAUAUUUUUAACAAAUUCUAUUCCCUGCCGUGUUAUGUUUUGCUCCAAUUUUCAUUCACACCGACUGCAGCAAAAAUAAUACUCGUAGUUAACUACAUUUAUUAAAAUUAUUUAUUCCUGCAUCUUUCUGAGGGUUGGAAAAUAAUUUUUAUAAAAAUGGUUGUUGCAAGCUAAAGACAAUCAAAACUUUUAUUAAAAUCAUUACAUACAUAUAGAUGAGUUUUCCUCCAGAAGUCACUAUUUGUUUGCUUACAAACCUUUCAGAGGUGUAUGAGCAAAGGAUACAAGAGUUUUGGAGGAUGCCAGAAUUUUCUAUUACUUUAUUUAUAACCAGAAGUAAAAUAUGUCCUUGGUAAAGCAGCCUUUUCUUUCUAUUGGAGACUAAACUAUCGGUGAACAUGAAUGAAAAUUUCAGAGCGACGAAUACGUCACGGAGCGUGUUAAGUUCAUAAAGGGAAGAAUGCAAAGCUUAUGCGCGCUUUAAAACACGUCUAAGUAAAAGCGGUGUGUUUUCUUCUUUUACAUUAGAUUGUCUUUGCAUUAAAGUCAUUUACGUAAUCGUUUCGAUAUUUGUAAAUCAGCUAUAUUACGAUUUGAAAAAGUUUCAAAAACUUGCACUUCACGUUCAGCAUUCCUAAUGAUGGUGGACAUGUGGAAGUGCAGACUGGAUAUUUUCUUUGUUGAUUGAAAGCGUUACUUUUGUGGUACUCAUUUCAUAAUUUUAAAUUAUACGUUAUUUUUUAAUUAAAAAAUUUUGAAAUGUUCUUGAAAUACUUAAAAUUUUUUCCAUCUCUCAAAAAUUUCAUUGUUUUAAAGCGCACAUGGGUUUUAAAUGAAUGUUUUAGAAAUCGCAGGUGCAUUUGCAUAGUUCAGUGGCAAACUAAAUAAAUUAUGAUUAUGCAAUACUUUAAUUUGUUAUAUAUCUGCUAUGUUAAAAAUUAGAAAUACCUGUAAAAAUUCUCAGGAUGUGUUUCAUUAGAUGUAUUAACAACUUUUAUCUUGUUAAAACUUGUUAUAUGUAUAUAAAAAUUUUUGCUAUCAAUAUAAGGUAAAGUGUGAUUUCAAAGUAUAAAUUAUUUUGAAAGUUUCGACUUGUGCAUGUGAACAGUAUCCAAGGAACUGUUUCUUGAUUGCAUAAAAUGUAAAUAAUAAAUGUUCUGAGAGGAGAAAUGUUUAUGUAUUGUAAAUGUAUUUAUCAAAAUGUAAUUUAUGAUUCUGGAAGGUUCUGUUGCACCUUUUUGUGAUUCUGAAGAAAACGUUUUAGUCAUUUUUGCAAUGGUAGUUGUGUCAAUCCGUGAUAAUCAAAUUCGCCUAAAAUAGCUAUUGGAAUAAAAUAUUUGAAAAUAUAUUUAGACUUAUUUUUUGGCAUAGAAGCACUUCUAAGUAUUUUAGCCAGUGAUUUGUUUUUCGAUUGUAUAUACUCAGUUGAGUUAUAAAUUCUUCUCUUACCUUAUUAAUGUAUUCCAUAUGAACUAAAUUACUUUGUGAGUAAAUUUUCAAAAUAUUUCUUUAUUUGCUCCGUAAUUUUGCAAAAAGUUCUCCUUAUUCUAGGCUGAAGAUAAAUUCCUUAAAUCUGAGUUUUCAUCAAGUGCUCCAAAACAAAAAUUUCUAUUGCAUUGUAUAUAUUUGCCAUUUGUAGUAGCAGGAUACUCUGUAACGCUUAAAUUUUGCGUGCAUAAAUGAGAUAUAACCUGAAAAGUGCCCAUGAGAUUCCACAAUUAUUAACUGUGGGAAGUGUCAAAGCACGAAAAGAAAAUAUAUUUUUCUAAAACGUAAUUCGUUGCAGACAACUGUUAAAAAUUACGUCAGUUUCCAAUUUAAUAAAGGAAUUUGACUGUAAAUAAAAUUUUCAAUAAUAUCAGAGUGACGUUUUGGAAAAAAAUUGAAGUCAUUCCUAAAUCAAAAGAUAACAGAUUAUAGUGCCUCCAAAUUAUCACCUUUUUUCCCCAAAUCAAAGAUCUCUUAAAGCAAAAUGCAUUUAUACGGCAAUAAAUGAACUUAUGCGUAGUUUUUGUUCAUAUAUAAGUAUAUUGCGAUUGUAUUACGGGUAGUAUAUAACACUGAGCAAUAAAAACCAAACAACCUCAAAAUCAAUCUCUAGUAAAAUACGUACUAAUAUUUGAAAUUAGAUUUCUGUGAAACUCUUAAAUAAACUGAUAGUUAAUGACAGAGCUUGUAUCAUUGUUGUGUACAUGUGGUAAAAGAAUUCCUUUUCGGCUCUUCAGCUUCAACAAUAAAAAGUAAAUACUGUCACAGUACUUGAGUACUUUAUUAAAAUGAUUUACAUACAUUGUUAAAAUGAUUAUGAAAAACCAAUGCGUAAUAAGCUCCUGCCGCAAUGAAUACUAAUCAGCAUGAAUUAUUUCAUUUAUCAGUUAAUGAAGUCAAAUUAUUCAGGGAUUUAUUGGUGCUCGGUUUAUGUGAUACUUAUUUCACCUUUUUACAGAAUUUAUGACCUCAAAUCUUCUGUUAUACUAGAAUGUUUUAAAUUACAAUGUUUUUAAUAUCUUCUGAAGUUAUAUUUUAAUCUAAGGAUGAGAUAAGUAUCGAAUUUUCAGGUUAAGUAGUUUAAUAGUCAAAACUAAUACAAUCUUCCCUAAAGAGAAUUAAAGCGCACAAUCUUAAAUUUUCUUAAUUUUUUGGCAGUUGUCUUAACAUUGUUCAUAUGUAAAUAUUACUUAAAAAUUAGACCUCCAAACUUUCUUCUCCAGUUCAGUACAGGUUUGUCUUAAAUAUAUGCUAGGAAGGAAGGAAAGCAUCAUUCUUCCCCCCCCCAAUCCCCCAAUGUCAAUAAAAAAAAAUCAAAGCUGUAUAUUUCAAACAGACGACGAUGGAAAGAAAAAGCUUUCCAAUCUUAUUCUCAUUUACGAGUAAUAACAGGUACAUGCAAUUUUUUAGUAUUGUAUCUCUUUUCAUUCUUUUUUCGAAGGAGAUGUAUUGUGCAGUCUUUGUUCGUUUUUUGUUCAUAUUUUACAAAUGUUAAUUAUGCAAUUACAAUUUUCUAAAUGUUGUUACAUUUUAUGUUGAUUGAAACACAGCUUUCGUUAGUAUUAAUAUUUUUUCUUGUGCAUUGAAAGGUGCAAAAUAAAUUCACCAGCCAAAAUUUGAUUUGUUUUUCAUUUCGUUUUGCAUACUGUAAAUUUUUACAUUAUUGCAUUAAUAAAGAAUGUAAAAUA